AUGCCAGCUGGUUUAAUGAUUCCAGCAAGAAACAUGCCUUCAAUGAUCGGAACAAACAACGUUGGUAGUUUCGGAUUUUCUUCAUCUCUUUCUCUUAGCCAGAUUGAAAACAAUAAGCCUUCGGAAUCUUAAAGAUCUGUAGAAAUGUUCCAGCCAAACCUAAUGGAAGCUGGACAUCAUCAUCAACAUCAACUUCUACCACUUGACAUGCCUCAAAACACUUCAGAAAGUGAUGUUCCUAGAAUCCGUGAAGAUGAAUUGUUUGAUAGUGCUACAAAAUCUGGCAGUGAAAAUCAAGAAGGUGGUGGUGCUUCAGGUGAAGACCAAGAACCUCGUGCUAAAAAGAAACGUUACCACCGCCAUACUCAACAUCAGAUCCAAGAAAUGGAAGCUUUCUUUAAGGAGUGUCCACACCCUGAUGACAAGCAAAGGAAGGAACUAAGCAGAGAGUUAGGGUUAGAGCCAUUACAAGUGAAGUUUUGGUUUCAAAACAAACGUACUCAAAUGAAGACUCAACAAGAGAGGCAUGAGAACACACAACUAAGAACUGAGAAUGAGAAGCUUCGUGCUGAUAACAUGAGAUUUAGAGAAGCUCUUAGCAAUACUUCUUGUCCUAAUUGUGGUGGACCAACUGCUAUUGGAGAAAUGUCUUUUGAUGAACAUCACUUGAGGCUUGAAAAUGCUCGCCUAAGAGAAGAGAUUGAUAGGAUAUCAGGCAUAGCUGCAAAGUACGUAGGUAAGCCAGUAGUAAGCUAUCCACUACUUUCGCCUUCAUCUGUACCUCCUCGUCCUCUAGAACUCGGAAUGGGUGGUUUCGGAGGGCAAGCAGGCGUAGGUGGAGACAUGUAUGGAGGUGGAGAUCUUCUUAGAUCAAUCAGUGGACCAACUGAAGCUGAUAAACCAAUGAUAAUAGAGCUAGCUGUUGCUGCUAUGGAGGAACUCAUUGGAAUGGCACAAAUGGGAGAUCCUCUUUGGUUGACUACACUUGAAGGCGGUUUGAUACUUAAUGAGGAGGAAUAUGUUAGGUCUUUUCCUCGAGGAAUUGGUCCCAAACCUGCUGGUUUCAAGAAUGAAGCUUCAAGAGAAACUUCUCUUGUCAUCAUGAAUCAUGUUAACCUUGUUGAGAUUCUCAUGGAUGUGAAUCAAUGGUCCACAGUAUUUUCUGGUAUUGUUUCAAGAGCAAUGACAUUGGAAGUGCUAUCAACUGGUGUGGCAGGAAAUUACAAUGGAGCAUUACAAGUGAUGACAGCAGAACUACAAGUACCAUCACCACUUGUGCCAACAAGAGAGAGUUAUUUUGUAAGGUAUUGUAAGCAACAUGGUGAUGGAACAUGGGCAGUAGUGGAUGUUUCUUUGGACAAUUUGCGUCCUAGUCCUUCUGCCAGAUGUAGAAGAAGGCCUUCUGGUUGCUUAAUUCAAGAAAUGCCCAAUGGUUACUCAAAGGUUAUAUGGGUUGAGCAUGUAGAAGUGGAUGAUAGAGGUGUUCAUAAUCUAUACAAGCAGCUUGUUAGCUCUGGACAUGCAUUUGGUGCUAAACGUUGGAUUGCAACCUUAGAUCGACAAUGUGAAAGACUUGCUAGUGCCAUGGCAACAAACAUCCCCACCGUUGAUGUCGGCGUGAUAACAAACCAAGAUGGGAGAAAGAGUAUGUUGAAACUAGCCGAAAGAAUGUGUAUAAGCUUUUGUGCUGGAGUGAGUGCUUCUACAGCUCACACGUGGACAACACUGUCGGGUACUGGAGCUGAUGAUGUAAGGGUCAUGACCCGUAAAAGUGUUGAUGACCCAGGAAGGCCAGCUGGCAUUGUUCUUAGUGCUGCCACUUCUUUUUGGCUUCCAGUUCCACCUAAAAGAGUCUUUGAAUUUCUCCGAGAUGAAAACUCAAGAAGUGAGUGGGAUAUCCUUUCCAACGGUGGAGUUGUCCAAGAGAUGGCACAUAUUGCUAAUGGACGAGACACUGGAAAUUGUGUCUCCCUACUUCGAGUGAAUAGUGCAAAUUCAAGCCAAAGCAACAUGUUGAUAUUACAAGAGAGUUGUACGGACACAACAGGGUCAUUUGUUAUAUAUGCUCCAGUAGACAUAGUUGCAAUGAAUGUGGUUCUAAAUGGAGGGGAUCCAGAUUAUGUGGCACUUCUUCCUUCAGGUUUUGCUAUACUUCCAGAUGGAACAACAACAACAACAACAAAUGGAAGUGCUGAAAGUGGCCAUGGUGGUGGAUCUCUUUUGACUGUUGCAUUUCAAAUAUUGGUUGAUUCUGUUCCAACUGCAAAACUUUCACUUGGAUCUGUUGCUACUGUUAAUAAUCUUAUUGCUUGUACUGUUGAGAGGAUUAAGGCUUCUUUGUCUGGUGAAGUUGCUUGACCAUCAACUCUAAUGGAACAUGCAUAUGUUAAGGAGGUUAAAAGGGGAUUCAUUGCAAUUUGGA